CUGUAAUCGGUAAUCCGUAACUAUUUCGAACACCGGCAAGGUUCGGAAGCACGAACAACGCGUGUCGAGGAGCCACGACGACAGCGGGCGUGCCAAGUGCAAUGGCGCUCCCUGCCGAGCUUGCAGCGCGCUCAGCGCUAUCGAGAGUGUGCACGCGAUGCUCCAUUUCGCUCAGGAGACAGGGCCGAACCCCAACAGCCAAUGGCUUUCUCCAGGCUGCCUGGCAGCAGCAGAGGCCGCUGACUGCGAAGAGCUCCCAGGCAAGACAUGCCGUGAAUUUUAGCUCCUCCCCCGCGGCUCGAGAUGUCGUUUCGAAGCGCUUCUCGUCCGGUUCUGCGCAGGCCGGCCUCAGCUCGUCCAGCGGCGGGUCGAAGCGCGUUCUGGCGCCCGACGAUCUCUUCCACUCCUUCACCAACUCUCCAAUUCCCGAGAUCCGGCGGCGUGCGGCCUUCAUCCGGCAGCACGCGAGCUGUCCUCACCAUGACCACCAGCCCGGCGGCACCAUGGCGCCGGCGCAUGUCGACUUCGAGUGUCCGGACUGCGGCCUCCCGGUAUACUGCAGCAAGGAACACUGGGCCGAUGACUACGAGGCGCAUCUGCAAAUCUGCGACACGCUGCGCCAGAUCAACGAGGAUGACCACGACCUCCGGUCCGGCCGCUUCUUCCCCGAGUUCGAGUAUGCCGGGCCGCAGAUGGAGGAGGCACUGAUCAACAUGACCAACUGGGACACCUUCCUGUACACGCGGAACUUCAACGCCAUCAACGACGACCGCAGCAUGAGACAAGUCACGCGGUUGCUGACGUAUCCCGUCACGAUCGGCAGCAUCAUCCAUGAACUCAGCCCUUACAACAUCAAGGCCGGCGGCAGGCUUACGGUGGAGGGCCUCAAGAGCUUCAGCGCGCUUCGUUAUACGCUGCAUCCGCCAAAGUCGGGCGGCGGGAUGGACGUGAGGGGCUUGCGGUUCGAGGCGCCGCCGGUGCGCAUCUUCGUUCUUGGUGCGCGGGCCGAGUCGUCGCUACCACGAGAUGCCUGGGUCCAGCUGGCUCAUCUCUUCCCCCGGGCGAGGAUCCACCUGAUCUUGAUUGGGCCGGAGAGCAUGCUCAACAGAGACGACGAGUUCCCGCUUCCGCCACGGACGGCGUCGAACCCCUUUGGUGCCAUCGUUGAGGACAGAGUGUGGCCGACGAUGAAGAUCAGCACGAUCGUGGACUACUACCACACGAUCCACAAGACCGGCUACUUCUACCCGUACGACCCCUACUUCGACUGCUUCGUCUUGUUUCAUCCGGGUCUGGGCCACCCGGCCAGCUCGCACGAGUGGGAAGAGACGCUGCCCAUGCUCCUGGAAACCAAGGCGCCCAUCAUCGUGACGGGCUACACGCAGGCUGAUAUGGAGCGCGACAUCGACUGGGUCAACAAGACAGCCGCUGGGGAAUUCGACGUGCUGCUGGAACCCGGCGAGAACCGGUUCCGCAGUCUGCGCUGGGACCUGAACGACUUGGAUCCCCAGGACAUCAGCGCCGGCAACUGGGGGGUGUGGGCGUUCAGAGGCAAGAGGUACGAGGCAACCCGCAAGUCUGAGGAGUAAGGGGCGACAUUGUCUGCUGGGCGCAGUGCCAGAGCUGCUUCCUCCUGUAUCCGAGUAUCCCUGUACAACAUCCGUAGGCCAGGCCGACCUCGACUCGGCCACUG